GAUUAAAGAGUUUAUUUAUAUUGAAGUGGUUGAAACUUUAUACUGACAAAUUAAAGUGCGAUGGAAAUUUUGGCAGUGCUUAGUUGUUUCGUUAUGGUUGCUACUUCAAUAAAGAUGACCCUAAACGAGCACCGAUGCCGCGACCUGGAGGAGGCCACCGACGAGGACGUUCAAGUGUACCAAGACGCACGGUUUCCGCAAACCCGAACGGCCAGGUGCUUUUACGACUGCAUGUUCCAGUACUACGGCAUCUCGGACGGGCACCGGUUUUGCAGAGAGGCGUUUCUGAGAAUUGCCCUGGACCGAUCCCAGCCGGAGCAGGCUCAGCAGUAUGUUCGGAACGCCGCUGACCAUUGUGAGAGACUCGAGCACGAGGACCGGUGCGAGCUGGCAGCCAAUAUUCUCAAAUGCUUCAGUGAUGAGAAGUAUCCAACCUCACCAGUCACUCUCCAGCAAAUCUGCCGUGAUCGCGAGGGAGCAUCCAUCGAUGACGUCCGCCUGGUCAACGAAAGUCACCCCCCGAGAACACGCGUCCAGCAGUGCUUCCUGGACUGUCUCUUUCAACGGUUGGGCUAUUCCGACGGGAGGCGAUUCCUGAGCGAGGGUUUUCUACGCCAAGCCAUGCUGGGGGCAGAACAUGACGAACGUAGACGGGCGUUUAUGGUCGCGUUGGCCCGUCGAUGUGACGGUUUGGUCGGCGAGGAUCGUUGCCAGCUGGCGGCUGACAUAAGGGCGUGUAUUUUUCAGAGAAGUUGAUUUAUCCCAAAUUAAAUAAAUAUUAAAGCUUUUCCUGUCCAAUCCCAAAAUCCGCCACCAAAGUCGAACCAUCUAACUUGGCAAAUCGGGUUUAAUGGAAUUAGCUCACGCCAACCCCUGAAACAGAGCGGGGUUGCUUUCCAGACAACCUGAUCGGCUGACCGGAAGGUAGGACAGGCAACCCGCCCCCUACUUUGUGUUUCGUUUUUAUUGUUUAACGAUUUGCUGGCGAUUGCGAAGACUAGACCAAGCCGUCGUCGUCGUCGUCGGGAUUAUCGUGCAGGAAAAGUAGGCAAAAUAGGGUUGGUCACCACGCAACACCGCACAACCGGUCGUCGACGGAUUGGAUUCGAUUGGAUAAACUUAACCUCCUCCCCGGGCAGACCGGUUAGAGUUCAGUUCAGUGGAGCAAAAAGGAUGAUUAAUUAGUGGGGAGCCUUGGCAGUUUGCUUCAUUUAUAUGAAUACUUUUGCCCUGGGAACGGGAAGUUGUUUCAUCAAUUACGAACCAAACUGCUUCCGAUAGGGAUCACGAAUGGAUUGAAGAAGGGCGGCUCCGAGGCAGGACAGCGAACGGUCUUGUUAGGGUAAGUUGACA